UUUGGUUUCAGUUUCGCCCUGAGUUUCGAAAGCAAAGAAUUCGCGCUUCGCGUUAAACAGGUUAUGUUUACAGAACAACUAGGUCUAGGUGAAACACUGGUCAAUCCAGUCCAACUUGCUGUUUUGCUAUCCCGAGGCGUGUGACCGCGUUCCCAGAGUAUUUUGUUUGUUUAUUAUUUUGUAGUUAAGAAUUUUAGUGAUUUCUUUUUGAGAAUGCCAUUUCAGUGAGACAUGACUUUGAAUUUUUUUAUAAUUAAUAUUCGAUCUAUUUUAUUUUGAGGCUUCUUUUAAUUCUUUUAACAUUCAAUACAAUUUUAUGGAAUUACGGAACAAAAAAUUAGGUUAGCUGUCAAUUUACUUCUCUUGUUUCUAAUGAUGAUUUCUUAGUGACGUUUUAUGAAAUUUAAAAGAAAAAUAUUGAAAGGUUUCGAUAAGAAAACGGAUUGAACAUGAUUAAUCCAUGAUGUGUAAAAAUUGAAAAAAGUAUGCUCCUCCAAAGCUUGAGAGUAUGCUUGUUUAUCUUUCUUCUUGAAUGUCAUGUCUUGUCCUCUUCCAUUGAAAAGCAUGUAAGAUCUUGUUCAGAAGUUUUUCAAGGAUAUGAUCUCCCGUGUGUUUGUUCUGAAAGUUCUAUCAACUGUGAUGGAGUGUCGUUUCUUGGGAAUUUUCCUAUGUUACCUCACCGAUCAAAUAUAUCUUCAUUCUCCCAAAGUGGAUCGGGUCUUCGAAGUCUUGAGGCUCAGCUUUUUACUGCAAGUGAUAUUCCUCUUCAAAGAAUUGAUUUUUCAAACAAUCAGCUUCGGAGAAUUACGGAAAGAACCUUCGAUGGUGUAGAAGAUACUUUGCUAGAAAUUAAUCUUUCUGAUAAUAAAUUAGGUGACCAAUUAAACAUGCUCUUUUCAACUGGAGAGUUUCAAAGACUGUUACUUCUUAGAAAACUUGAUCUAUCUGGAAAUGCAAUCAAGGAGUUAUUACCAGGUGUUUUUAAUGGUCUUCAAAAUUUAAAGGAACUAAGACUGGAUCGAAAUUUUAUAGUUAUUAUUCCAAGAUCAUCAAUUCAAAAUUUGCACUCAUUGGAAAUGCUGCAUCUUCAAUCCAAUUUCAUAUUAGAUAUAGGUGUUCAUUCAUUUCCAAAUCUUUCGAAUUUGCAUUUUCUAAAUCUUAGCUCUAAUGAUAUUGAAUCAAUUCAGGAUGAUUCCUUCAAAACUCUUUCUAAUCUUCAGAAUUUAAUAUUAUCUAAUAAUCAAAUUCAAACUAUAGGUACUGGCUUCUUAAAUGGACUUCAUCGUCUUACUCAUAUUGACCUAUCACAAAAUUUAUUAGAAAGUUUUUCAUUAAAUGUUGAAUUCUCAUCGCCUUUAAAAUCCUUAAUAUUACAUGCAAAUAAAAUAAGAUCUUUGAGGCAAAUCACUUUUGAUCAAUUUCCCAAUUUAGAAUUUUUAGAUCUUCGGCGAAAUCAAAUUUUUGAAAUACCCCCCAAUACAUUUUUAAAUAUGAAAAAUUUGAAAUAUCUUCAUUUGGAUAUUAAUGCUGUUAGAAAAAUCUCUACUGAAAUGUUUAUGGGAUUAUCAAGUCUUUCAGAUCUAACCUUGAAUGAUAAUAGAAUUUUAGCCUUUCCUUCAGAACCAUUGAAUACAUUCUCAAACCUUAAAAAAUUAAAUUUAGAUUACAAUAGAAUUGCUGCAAUCUCAAGAGAAAUUUUAUCACCCGUGAAACACAAUAAAGAACUUUCGUUAGCUUUUAAUUUAAUCAGUGAAAUCCCUGAUGAUACUUUUAUGGAAUUUAAGAACUUGGAGCUUCUUAAUUUGCAUGGCAAUAAGAUAAGUAAUUUUUCUGGAAAAAAAGCAGAAGGCCUUGAAAAUUCUCUGUUGUAUUUAGAUAUCAGUGAUAAUGAAAUAACAGAUCUUUCCCAAUUGAACUUUAAAAAUUUGUUAAUACUUUCAGUUGCUAAAAAUAAAAUUUCACAAAUAAAUGCUGACACAUUAAAGCCUUUAACAAAAAUAAUGUAUUUGAAUAUGAGUUACAAUAUGAUUUCUGAUUUUUCCCCUGUUUUAUUUCAUGGUCUUAUGAGUAUGCAACAUUUAGAUUUGCAGUAUAAUCUUUUAUCUAGUAUCCCUCAUAACAGUUUUAAAAACUUGUUACUCUUAGAGAUAAAUUUAAAAAAUAAUUUAAUUGAAAUGCUUAAUGAAUCUAGUUUUGAAAAUUUGAUGCAAAUAAAGUAUAUUGAUUUGAGUUAUAAUAGAAUUGCAAAUAUUCAAGUAAAUGCAUUUAACAAAGUGCCAAAUAUUGAAAAGCUCAAUUUAAUGCAUAACAAACUAUCUGUUUUCAGAGGAGAUGAAAUUUCGGAUGAAACCAAGAUCCACACUUUAAUAUUAAGUUAUAAUAAAUUAACUUAUAUUUAUCCUAAAUCAUUUUUUUUAUACCCUGAACUCGAAUAUUUGGAUCUGAGUUAUAAUGAGCUUACUAUUUUCCUAAAAGAAACUAUUAGUUCUCUUAAAUUUUUAACCAGGAUUAAUUUAGCUGGAAAUAAACUACAUUCUAUUAGUGACUUUUCGAACAUGCUGCAUUUAAAACAACUUGAUUUAGAAAAUAAUCUCAUUAAAUCAAUUAAUAACUUUCAAAAUUCAUCAAAUUUAAGAUGGAUUUCUUUGCAAAACAACAAACUAUCCUCUUUAGAAGAAAAUACUUUUAUUACCUUGAAUAGGUUAAAUCUUGAUAUAAGUUAUAAUAACCUGUCCAGCUUACCAAAUAACAUAUUUUCACGCUCCAAAGGGUUAAAACUUGAGGAAAUUAACUUAUCAGGAAAUAAUUUUCAAAGUUUUCCUAAUGAGGCGCUUAAAAGACAGUAUUCCUUUUUAGAAAAAGUUAAUAUUUCAUUUAAUAAAAUCAGUAACCUGCCAUCAAAUGCUGAUAUUUUAGUAAAUGUCAAAGAAUUAGAUUUAUCUUACAAUCCUUUAUCACCAGAGGCUCAUCAUGUUUUAUUUGAAGAGCCAAAAAGUGUUAGCAAGUUGUAUGUACGUGGAGUUGGUAUUUCUAACUUACCUACUAUUGAAUGCCCUUUUUUAAGACUCUUAGAUUUAAAAGAAAACAAAAUUACUGAUUUACAUACCAAUACUUUUGAUCGAACAAGCAUGCUCUCUGACUUGGAUUUAUCCUAUAAUAUGAUUUCAAAUAUAGCUACCGUUUUAGCUCCUGUCCGAGCAAAGCUAACUUAUCUUCAGAAAUUAGAUUUAUCUGGAAAUCCUAUACGUAUUAUUUCCAAAAAUGGAUUUUCACGUAUGAUGUAUUUAAGACACUUACGUGUUUGUAAUUUAAAAGAACUUUUGGAUUUUAAUUGUGAAAGUUUCCAACAUUUAACUAGACUUCGAAAACUUCAAAUGCACAAUUUUCCACUUUUACAAAAUAUUCAUACUAUUCAGUGUCUGCGAAAUUUAACUGGAUUAGAGCUUCUUGAAAUUGAAAUUAAAGAUUCAUACUUAAAAAAUCAAUUACAAGGAAUCUUCUCUCCAAAGUUGGAAACUUUGUCAGUUAGUGGAGAGCGAUUACGUUCAAUAUCAUCAAGUGCUUUUGCUGGGAUGUUAAGUCCCGCAAUUGAUAUAGAACUUACUCAGACAUCUGUUGAUACUUUCAAUGAUAAAAUUUUCAUUCCAUUGCCACUAUCAUCUAAGGUAAAAUUCAGUAUACCAAACAAUAAAAUUCAACGAUUAAAUUCUGAUAUGUUAUCAAUACUUGAUAACAAACAAGUCAACCUCCAACUACAUGGUGUUGAACUUAAUCCUCUGAAAUGUGAUUGUAAUAUGCAGAUUUUAUGGCAGUGGCUUCAAGAUAAAAGCCAAAUUAGUUUUAAUUUGAAUCAAGGGUACAUGGCUUUAAAAGAUUUGAAGUGUUUUGAACCACAGCAUUUGAAAAAUAAAUUUAUUAGAAGUCUUAAAUUAACUGAUUUAACCUGUGAUAAUACGCCAAAAAGUACGGAUAUAUUUUUUGAUACUACUUCUGAGCUAAAUACCAUUUCUGUUCCAAUGAUAAUAGAAGAUCAAGAACACCCAUUGGUAAUAUUUGAACCACCUAUUACUAAAAAACCUUUUUCUUAUGUUCCUGCCUCAGGGACAAGAAGUACUCUUACUAAAGUAGAUACUAUGAUUAUAGGAAUUGUAGCAGGAGUUGUUGCUUUUGUAUGUAUUCUUAUAAUAAUUAUUUGUAUAAUACGGCUUCGCCGAGCUCACCCUCUCUAUACUGCUGGUCCGCUGGCUGGGCCAUUAGCUUUUCGUGCUCAAGGGAAAUGUACAUGUUUGAAACCACCACCUAAUAACUGUACUUGUUAUCCAAUGCAUCCUCAUAAUAAUGGAGGAAGGCCUUCAUUAUUACCAAAUUAUCCGCAUAAAUUGCCUCCUGGCUUUUUAGCUGCUACUGGGCAAUCAGGACGUUUAAGAAAUACUCCAUAUUAUGUAACAUAUCCAGACAGUGAUAAUGAAAAUAAAUAACAGCAAAUAUACAAAUAAAUAUACAAAAAUCUGCAUUUAAUGCUUAGAUUUGUCCUACUAUUGAAAGCUGCACCACUUAAUGUUUUUUUAAGUUCACUAGUUUUUUUUCUUCUUUUUACUCUGAUUUUAAUCAUAUAAAUUUACUAUAGUGUUUCAAUCUCUUUUUAACAAUUUGUAAACAAAUUCUAAUUUAUUUAAACUAGCUUAUAAAACAUUUUUAUGUAUACUGACUUUGAAUUUUUCAAGUAAUAUAAAAAUAAGUGAUAAAAAAAAUUAUAAAUGACCGGUAUUGUUGCCUUUAAUGUAUCUUGUGUUUGUCAUCAACAUGCAUAAUCUGUAUAAAAGAAUAUUAUUUAAAUGAAAUUUUCCUUGAGUGUAUAUAUGGAAAUUGAAUUUCUUAUGUAUGUAUCGUAUGGUUUGUAUCAAUUUUAAAAUAUUGAUAAGUUUUAAUUCUUUUGAUAGCUUCUGGUUUGAUUUGUGUAAUUUUUUUUUUAAUUUUAUAACUUUUAGUAAGUAUUUUUCAAAGUUUUAAUAUUUGCAGUUAUUUAAAUAAAACAUACUGGAAAAUUUAUUAUUUGACUGCAUUAAACAAUGAAGAAGAAUAUAUAUUUAGGAUCAUAAAAGUUGUACACUCUUGUGAUAAUAAUAAUGAAAACUCAGGUAAAGGAGGCAUCUUAAGACUCGCACAGGGAGAAAAACUCUUGGAGAAAUUUUUCUUCUUCUUUAAAAUGAAAAACUAUGUGUGUAAUAGUUUUACUUAGAAAACAUAUCCUGAAAAUUUCAACAAAAUAAAAAAUUUAAAAUAUCCAACCUAGCCAACUUGCUCAGUUUUUAAAAAAUCUUGCUCUUAAUCUCGAUUUUUUUGAAAAAUUAUUGUUUGAAAUUUUUUUUCAAAGUUAAUUGAAGGUUAGUUAAGAAACAGCUUUAAACUUUUUUUAUGUCUAGUUAUGUAGUUUUUUUCCCUAUACAUUUUUUGUUGCAUGGCGGAAGGUUAUUGUUGACCAUUCAAAGGCCAGAUUUUACCCUUAGGCCACUGGUGUGCAAUCUCUGUGUCAUAAUCUGUUUAUACUUUUCUCGUUUUAGCACUAAAAGUAGGCCUGCUUCAAGUUUUUUUCAUGGGAUUUGGUUCAUAGUUUAUCUAUAAUCUAUUUUCUGAUCAUUUGUGAAUUUAUUUUUAUUAAUUCAAACAUUUUUAUUACCAUGUUAAUUGUUUUUAUUAAUUCAUUCCUUAAUAUCUGUUAAUUACCUAAUAUUAAUUUUAAUUACUUAACAUCUGUGCAUUACUUAAUAGCUUCUUUGUUGGUGUGUAUAUAUAUAUACUUACAAACAAGUGUAUUUUAGUUUAUAGAGUUCACCUUCUAUAUUUGUUAUUUUUAAAAAUUAAUUUAUUUCAUUUUCUAUUAACUGCAUUCAAUAAUUUUUUUUUAUUUUAAACAUUCUGUAAAAACACAUUCUGUAGUCAAAAUAUUCAUGUUCUUUUAAAAAUAAUUUUAGUUCAUUACUCUAUUUUGUCAUUUAACUUCACAUGAUUCUCAUCACUUUUCUAAAAGUUUUUUUCACUUUAUAUUUUGUAUAUUUACUCAAAUGAUCAAAAUUUUUUUUUAUGUUUUUGUAUAUUUUCUGACUGUGUGUUAAAACAUGUUACUUUUGAGCCAUUUAUUAUCACCUUUUUAUUUAUCACUUGUAUAUAGAAAUUUCUACUAAAAAUUGUGACUAUCAAGAUAAUUAUAAUAAUGGUUUUACUAUCAUUUGUGUAAUUAAAUAUCACUUGCAAUAAUUUACAUAUAAUUGCUUGUUUAUAAAAUUGUUGAUUUGUACCAAUAUUUACAAAUAAACUCUCUAUUUCUGUUAAACACA